AUGCCGGCUUUUGCACGAUAUACCACUUGGAUGAUUCAAACGACUCGCCAUGACGCUCUUACGCAACGAAUCACUGCCCCCACCGAAAAGAAGAAAAAGACCGGCAAGCGCAGCGCUCUCGCCGACGUUGUCACCCGCGAGUACACUAUCCACCUCCACAAGCGCGUACACGGUCGAUCCUUUAAGAAGCGUGCACCAUGGGCCGUCAAGUCCGUCGUCGAGUUUGCUCGAAAGCACAUGGGUACUUCAGACGUUCGCAUUGACCCAAAACUCAACCAACAGCUCUGGAGCCGUGGCGUCAAGAGCGUCCCCCAUCGCAUGCGUCUCAAGCUUGAGCGAAAGCGAAAUGACGACGAGGGUGCAAAAGAAAAGCUGUACACUUAUGCCUCGUACGUCCCGGUCGAGUCGUUCAAGGGUCUGCAAACAACCGUCGUCGACGCCGAGUAG